UCCGUCAACCAACAUGCCUUGGUCACCUGUAAUACGUCCACAAAAAAUGUUGCAAUCGCCAAGAACACCUGCUGGUAUGUUUCUUCCACCUAUUCGUGGAUACAGCCAGUCGAGUAGUGGAGGUGGACAUGACGAGUUGUGCUUAUCACCUCACCCUCUGUCCACUUACAGUGGAAAUGGCAGCAUGCAUUCAUAUACCGACGCGGCAGAAUUGCAGCAGUCUUUUCCAAAUGUUCACACUGACACAUAUGAGAACUGGUCGGUUCAAAUUGGUGUUAAAAGUGAUGGUCUAGACCCAAGUGCAACGCAUUGUCUACGACCAUGGAUGUUGAUCUGUGGCCAUGUGCACGAUGCAUUCACAGGGAAAUGGGUUUGGAAAACCUCUGCCGUGGUAGUAGCUCGACAUACAUCCACACUAGUUCAAACCUCUGACAGAAUAGUAUGUAAACUUGGUAAACCCAACCUCCACUCACUCCGAGACAAUCUUGGAUCAGAUCUAUUCGACUAUGGUAUACCAAUGAAUUGGAUUGAAGUGAUUUCAGCAAGAACAAAUGUCUUGUCUACUGCUCAUCCAGAAAUUGAAGAAGAUGAGAUGGGUACGAAACGAUGUCGUGCUACAUCUGGUGUCGACGAGACGUUUUGUGGUACUCCGAAAUCGACUCGAGUUUAAUUUUAUUUUACUACAUUUGGUUUACAUCUUGUUUCAACUAUACCCUUUUUUUAUUAUCAUUUAUUUUUUUUGAUGGGAAUAAACCAAUAUUUUUCAAUAUAC